AAUGCGUGGGCGAAAUUGGAUAUUGAGAGGAAGUGACGACAACGAAUCCAAGAAUUUGUGAUGUUUGUUUUUCUCCGCCAACUGCAGUUGCUGACCCAAUUUGGAUUCCAUAUUUCACACUGCAUUUCAUUGACGAAUCAAUAAAUUGUUUCGCAGGGAAGACCCAUUUGAAAUCGAUCAGUGGCACUUCACCGAACUGAUUAUGGAGGUGAAAGCAAGAGCUCCUGGCAAAAUCAUACUUUCCGGCGAGCACGCGGUGGUUCAUGGCUCAACUGCGGUUGCAGCCUCCAUUGAUCUCUUCACCCAUGUCUGCCUUCGUUUCCCCUCUCAGACUGAGAAUGUGGAUGCACUAAAACUUCAUCUCAAAGAUGUUGGAUUAGAAUUUUCAUGGUCAAUUGAAAGACUCAAAGAAGCUCUAUCUCAAGUCUGUUGUCCUUUCUCUUCAGUACCCUCCUCGUGCACAACAGAAUCCUUGAAAUCUCUCUCAUCACUUGUUGAUGAGCAGAGUUUUCCCGAGGCAAAAAUUGGAAUUGCAUCUGGAGCUUAUGCAUUUCUUUGGUUAUACACCUCCAUCUUAGGGUUUAAGCCAGCCACUGUGGUUGUAACAUCUGAUCUCCCACUGGGUGCUGGCUUGGGUUCCUCUGCUGCAUUCUGUGUUGCUCUCUCAGCUGCUUUCCUCUCUCUUUCAAAUUCUGUAAGUUUGGAUGUCAGCCAGAAAGGGUGGUUAACAUAUAAGGAGAGUGAGCUUGAACUGUUGAAUAAAUGGGCUUUUGAAGGUGAGAAGAUAAUUCAUGGAAAGCCAUCUGGAAUCGACAACACAGUCAGCACAUAUGGCAACAUGAUCCAAUUCAAAUCAGGUAGUCUUACACGGAUCAAGACUACUAUGCCAUUGAAGAUGCUCAUUACCAACACCAAAGUUGGGAGGAACACAAAGGCAUUGGUUGCUGGUGUUUCAGAGAGGACCUUAAGGCACCCUGAUCCCAUGACUUCUGUGUUUAAUGCUGUUGACUCAAUCAGCAAGGAACUGUCCACCGUUAUACAGUCACCAGCAUCUGAUAACAUAUCCCUAACAGAGAAGGAAGAGAAGCUAGGAGAGUUAAUGGAAAUGAAUCAAGGUUUGCUCCAAUGCAUGGGUGUCAGCCAUGCUUCCAUAGAAACUGUCCUUCGGACAACAUUGAAAUAUAAGUUAGCUUCCAAGUUGACAGGAGCUGGUGGUGGAGGCUGCGUGCUAACUCUGUUGCCAACUUUGCUAUCAGCAACAGUUGUAGCCAAAGUAGUCAAAGAGCUAGAGUCAUCUGGGUUCCAAUGUUUUACUGCCACAAUUGGUGGCGAAGGAGUUCAGAUUUGCUUUGAUGGGUCUUCAUGAUUUCCCCAGAAUGCCUCCAGUUUCAGCAAGGUCUAAUCUUAUCUUUUGAUUUUGAAUAACAACGCCAAGCUAUAAUAUUAUAGCCAUUUCAUUUCACUAUUGUUGUCUCUACAGUAACCUGAUGUAUUUUCCUUCCUUUUUCUUCAUUUUAAUCCGAGUUUGCUUCAAUUGUUUCCGGAAUACUAAGCUUCCCUUUUCGCUUAGGCAACAGGAAUGUUGAACGGCAAAACUCUACAUUGAUGUCAUUAUAACAAUUAUUUCAUCAAUGUCUUCUUUAAGUACCAAGUGAAUCUUUAGUGCUGCUCUGCAUUAACAUAUUUUAUAUGUUGUUGCUGCAAUGUCCAUAAAAUUCCUCAUGGACA